UGAGGGAGGAACUCCGGCAACAGAAAGUCAACCAGGAAACCGGAGCUGCUAAACUGACCCACCGCCCUGGUGUGACGGUAUUGACGAUAGGAAUCACACAUUAUAUGAGUACAGGAUUUUGUAAUUAGUAUUUAAGUUAAUACAAAGUAGCGACAUGGCUUCCCUUUUCAAGAAGAAGACUGUCGAUGAUAUAAUCAAGGAGCAGUCUAAGGAGCUCCGUGGCACUCAGAGACAGAUCACCAGGGACAGAGCAGCGCUGGAGAAACAAGAGAAACAAAUGGAGGCCGAAAUCAAGAAAAUGGCGAGGAGUGGUAACAAGGAGGCCUGCAAGAUUCUCGCCAAACAGCUGGUCCAGCUGAGGAAGCAGAAGAACCGCACAUACGCCGUCAGUUCCAAAGUCACCUCCAUGUCUACGCAGACAAAGGUCAUGAACUCCCAAAUGAAGAUGGCCGGCGCCAUGUCCACCACAGCCAAGACAAUGCAAGCAGUCAAUAAAAAGAUGGAUCCAGAGAAAACCCUGAAGACCAUGCAGGACUUCCAGAAGGAGAACAUGAAGAUGGGCAUGACCGAGGACAUGAUCAACGACACUUUGGACGACAUCUUUGAUGAGUCUGGGGAUGAAGAAGAAUCUCAGGACAUUGUCAACCAGGUUCUGGAUGAGAUCGGCAUUGAGAUCUCAGGAAAGAUGGUGAAAGCUCCAGCUGCAGGAAAGAGUCUCCCCAGCGCUGCUUCCUCCAAACAAGCCACCAUCUCUGACGACGAGAUUGAGAGGCAGCUCCGAGCCCUGGGAGUGGACUAAUUGUCUCCUUCGUAUUAAUGUUCACAUUAUAAACCUGUGCAACAUUAGUACUUAUUAAUACAGACUCUGUCAGACACAUUGUUUUUUUUGUCAUCGUUCAAGUGCUACAGGUGUAACAAAGGGUGCACACACACACACACACACACACACACACACACACACACACACACACACAUUAAGACAUUUGAAGACAUGCAGGCAGACAGAUGUAUAUUAACACAUUCAUGCAUUCUUCAGCAGGUUGCCUUACAGAUCAUUAGGGCAGAACAUGUGAUCUAUUUAUGCGAAAAUAAUAUUUAUUAUGACACGGGAGUGGCCACAGCCACAUUAGUGAACUAAUAAUGGAUGCUUCACCUAAAGAGAUCUGAACCACCUACACUGUUGUUUACCACCCAUCUCUAUCUUUAUAAGGGCUACAGUAUAUGUGACCUUGGCUUUUCCCAUCUGAUGUUUUGGCCAAACUUGAGUUAGUUAUAUAAUCUAUCAGCGUUUAAGUGACUGAAGAUGGGUAUGAGUAGAACAUGGUAAUUAAAAAGAGCUUAGUGGUCGACAGUAAACAGAUGGAACUUGUAUUUUCCACUUCCCCAUGUUUACCUGCUAUCAUUGUUGCCACCGGUUCAUUUAAAGCCCAUCUGAUUUAUGUCCUCUAAGUCAAACUACCAUCCACUCUGUGUACAUGUAUUUCAUUGUUAUGUGGGUAAAAUAUCCUGGGGUGUCAAGAGACGGGACACUGUUACUUAGCCAUGCAAGUGAAAGGGAGAACAGGCAUCGUCACACAGCCGGUCAACUAGCUAAUUAAUGAUCGUGUUUUUAAAGGUACGCUACCAUAGAUACUGGAGAUUAUGUACUCAGAUAAACAUAUGCCUGUGAAAUAUGUAACACUGAUGCCUUUGGGCUAGGGCUAAGGCCUUCAUUUUACUGAAAUGCAUGAGGUGGUGAGAUGGGUUGAUUUGAGGGCAAGCAUUUAAUUAGCACCACUGAAGUUGUGAUGCUGUACAGGUCAUGUUAUGAAGCUUAAUCAAACAAAUAUUAGAACUAAUGAAAGACUGGCGUAUAAAAGAGUUUUGAAUCGAUUGUUUGAUACUACUGGGUUAUCAAGUGAUGGGUAUUUUUGUUUUGACUUCAUUGGUUGAUGUUUGCUAUCUGAUUGUGUAUCUUUCUGUAUGUUUUUUUUCCUAUACUGGACAUUGGAUUUACGGUGGUCCUGCAGUCCGUCUUCUCUUUCAGCUGCUGUGCAGUUACUGUCAUUAGUUAUUUAAAGCUGCCUCACUCAUAAACAUACACGCACACUACAGCAACAAAAUGAUGGAAGUGUUUGCUAUAAUGACACUGUGAUCAAAGAGAUGUUUCCUCUUCUUCAGAGCUGAGGCAUCAUCCUCUGUACAAUGAUUUGUUAAUGCCAGCCAGCUUCAGGAGAGUGACAGAGACAUAAUAUUUCUUUCUGUCUUUCUCCGUCUCUGUCUGUUCCCAUAUUGAUUCCCAUUGCCAAAACAAAUUGAAAAUGUUUUCAGUCUUGCAUGAAACAUAAUUCAUUGUUUUUAUUUUUAUUUUUUUUUGUAAAUCAUUCUUUCCUCUACCUUUCCUACAGUCUUUUGUGAUUGUGAGUGGAAACAAUGUUCUAACAGAUUUUGACAAUGUUUGAGUGCAGUUUCAUGGUUAGGAAAUUUCCACACUUUCUAAAAGUUGUAUGCAUCCUCCUAUUUGAUUCUUUAGUCAUUAUAAAGUGACUCUGUAAAGGGUUUAAGGCUUUUAUAAGUAAUAAAGUUUCUUCAGGUACA